AUGGACUCGUCCCAGACCGGGCGUUUGAACAGCUCGGCCUCCGGGCCUGGGGGAGCGUACGCUUUUCACGUCAGAGACGCUUUUCUCGGCGUUGGCGUUGUGAGCAGCGUGCGUGACGCCUGCGAGACCUCGACCAUUCCCGCAGUGCCGGAACAGAGUCUCGUGCACUGCGCGAGCACUUCGGAAACAGCUAGCUUGAAUGAAUGGACAUCAGAUGGAUACACUAAGCUGUGGGGGGGUUGCGAGAACUCGAGAAUCAACGAAUAUGGAACUUUAUGUGUGACGGCACCACAGCCGCACAGCGCGCCAGCAGACGAUCGCUUGCCAACAACGCCCAUAUCGUCUGACUCGGAGGGCGGCGAGCGGGGCGUUGCGCUCACCAGCGGUCCGACUUCCGUCGUCCGUCGCUAUACGCACACGGACUCGGCACCCAUGAAAGGCGGUAGCGAUCCAUUGGCUGCGAUGGCCGAUUGGCUGCCGAAGCUCUUCCGCACCUCAUUCUACAGCAUCUGCGGCGUGCAUAAGAGCGCGGGACACGAUUCUCGGAAAGUUAACCAACGCUGGAUUGAGCGCACCGUGUUUUGUCUGCACUGCUGCGAAGCGGUCUGCCGGCUCUGCGUCGACCGACAGCGCCAGUUGGAAUUCGGUGAUGCACCACACGCCUCGCAUCCACACAUUGGCAUUUGUAGAUACAUGUAUCACGACGUGGUGCUCGCCAAGGACAUCUGCAAAGAGAUGGACGUGAGUCAGGUCCAGAGCUAUUUGAACAAUGGGCAGCGAGUCAUGUAUCUAGUUCGUGGAUCGGGCUCGGACACUGGCGCCGCCCACGUUCCAACUUCGUGGCAGGGGGCAUCGAGCAGCGCUAGUCGCUGUCGAACGUGCUGGCGCCCUCUUCAAAAGGAUUACGCGUUUUGCUCCAUUUUUUGUCUGGUGACCCAGCCAGAUGAUUCGCGCAAACGCUUCGACCUGAAUCCGUCAUUUCGCCGCGAGACGCUCAGCGAGUUUUGUGCACGGGCAAAGCGCGAGGGUCGCCUGCGCCACGUGAAGCCUGGCAAUGUCCAGCACCAAGUGAUGUAUGAGCGCGCGUUUCAGGAUGCACCUGGUAUGCGGGAUAGCGGCACAACAUCUCAGUCAACGGAGCAUCAUUCGGCGAGAGGUCGGCGUAUGCGUCCACCGCGUUCAGUGGCAACGGGACGCGCGAUCAAGUCUCUCGCCAAACGCGUCGCCAAUGGCCGGGGAUCGAAACGCGUCCAAGACAGGACUAGUGGCACGCCCGGUGGUACAGUGUGGAUAGGCAGCAGUUCGAGGGGUUGCGGGCGGGAUGCAGGUGACGGGCACGAGCUUUCGGUAUCCUGCUGUACCAAGUCAGGUUCCACGAGCGCCGAGCGCAACUGGCUCCCGCAAUACUCUCCAGGCAGCGUGUUCGGUGUGUUUCAUUGGCCUUGGCGGAGUGCAAGUGGCAGCGACACCUGGACUGGCGGCUGUGGCGCGAACCCGGCACACGCAGCAGACGACCGGCGUACUGGUGGCGACGCUUCGCUCCUCGCUAUGGAUGGAUGCGAUCCUAACUUGAAUUUCGAGACUCGCUUGUUGCGUCUCUCGGGCGUCCGCAAGAGUCGUCGGAAAGCCUGGCCGGUUCCUGCAGUGUCUGUUUGCAACGUUCUGAACGCAUAA